AUGAAUGCAAAAUGGAAUGUUGCUAGAUUGUUCGAGAAUACCAAUUUGAGUACUUUAAAUUUGAGUCUUCGAGGUGUGGCACUCAAGCGUGAUCGAAUGAAUCACGAAUCUGAAGUUUUAUUG